GCGCACUCGGAGCCUCCGCCGCGCUCGCCGGUCGCCGCUCGCCGCUCGCGCCCCGCGUCGCUGUCGCCGCCGCCGCUGCCGCCCGUCCUCCGCGCGUCCCCGCCGCGCUCCGAUCCCUGCGGCCGGCCCGGGGGGCGCUUGGUCGCUCGGGGCAGAGUGUUCCCGCUGCGGCCCUGCGGCCAUGGCCACCAAGAUCGACAAGGAGGCUUGCCGGACGGCGUACAACCUGGUGCGCGACGACGGCUCGGCAGUCAUCUGGGUGACUUUUAAGUACGACGGCUCCACCAUCGUCCCCGGCGAGCAGGGAGCGGAAUAUCAGGACUUCAUCCAAGAGUGCACAGAUGACGUCCGGUUGUUUGCCUUCGUGCGCUUCACCACCGGGGAUGCCAUGAGCAAGAGGUCCAAGUUUGCCCUCAUCACGUGGAUUGGCGAGAAUGUCAGCGGGCUGCAGCGAGCCAAAACCGGCACGGACAAGACCCUGGUGAAGGAGGUCGUGCAGAAUUUUGCUAAAGAGUUUGUGAUCAGCGAUCGGAAGGAGCUGGAGGAAGAUUUCAUCAAGAGCGAGCUCAAGAAGGCGGGGGGCGCCAAUUACGACGCACAGACGGAGUAACCCCAGCCCUUCCCCUGCCCCUUGCAAUGUCAUCCGCCUGCUCCCCGGGGAAGGGGACCGCGGCCUCAGCCACCAGCCCGCCAGCCCACCAGGGACAGGAGACGCCGUGCGAGGCCACGCGCGCCACCCUGUCUGCGGCUCAUCUCCCCUUCCCUGCUUCCCUCCCGAGCCCCCCUGCGCCCUAUCUCCCGAAGCUCAUGGAACAUCUUUCUUUUAUCUCCUUUUCCUUCUCCCCCUCUUGCUUGUUCUAAGGAAAAAUCAUUUUGAUGCCAAGGCCACGCACAUCACCAAGAUCUGAGGCUCCUGUGGUGCCCCCUUUUUCUGGCAUUCUCUUACACUGCAUCCCGCCUGGCCUCUCCCGCCACCAGCUCGCGUCGCCUGGGGGUCUGGGCCGCCGUCUGGUGUCCGUGGCGCCCGCCUGCUUGGUGGAGGAGGCCGCUGUGCCCGUCGGGGGGCCGCCGUCUCCAGCACACACGUCGAUCCCAUGCAUCAGGCUCAGACCACCCCCACCCCCGAGCGUGCUUCAGGGUCCCUCACCCCCCGACUCAGAGUUGCCUAAGCUGCGCAUCCGUCCAACGGGGACGGUGCUCGGCAGUGAGACGCUCAGGCCUGACUCCGACCCAACGGAAGAGAGAAAAUUUGCCUUAACAGUUGCCCAGCUGCGGCUUGGGCACACGGUCUGGAGUGGCUCAUUCCUACCCUUGGGCUUGAGGUCUCAUCGCAGCAUGGAGUGGGGGCGCGGGGCCGAGUCCAGUGGGGACGAGGAAUCUUUCAGGGUUCCCUUCAGGGGCUCCCCCGGUGAGGACGCCUGGGAGGGAGGCCAGGGUGCACAGCGGGAAUUCAGGUAGAACUGGGGGCCGAUUCCUCGCUUUCGGGGAGGCCCUCUGCGCCGGGGGGGGGCCAGCUCUGCCACUAAGCGGGUCCCUGCCCUCGUGGCACGAGAAGGUCUGUGGUGUUCCUCCCGGGUGGGCACCACGCGUUCAAAAGGAUUUUUUUUUCCCAGAGAAAGAUGAGAUUGGCUUGGUUCUUCAUGAGCACAGUUUGUGUUGUUCUUUUUCUUCUUUUCCUUGCUCAUUUCAUUUGGGGGUAGGAAAUCUGUGCUGUCUUGGGGUUGUGAAGAACAUCUGCCCUCAAACAGUUUACAGAAAUAAAUUUUUUUUUGUUUUUCAAAAAA